AUGCGCAGUUUGCACCUUCUGGGGGAAAAUGGCGAUGUGAGCAGCAAGCACAUGGCGGCCGAGCGAUGUGGCUAAUUCACCCGCGCGUAACUUCAACCAACAUGAGCCAAAUUUAAACGCGACGCAGGAUAAUGUUUUAAUGUUUUUAUCAUUGGUCACUAAAUGCUUGGUUUUUUUUUGGGUCGCGGCCCGUUCGCUUGUUUUCAUGCAUAUCGGCAAGAGGUGUACUGUACUUAAAUAAAUAAAAUAUUAAUAAUGCUCAUACUGUACUCGCAUAAUACAUAACCAAUAACGAUUAUUAUAACCAUAGUGCUACGAUUUAAGGUCACUUGCUGCAGCCGUCUUAUGAUUCUAUUAACCCGAGGGCAUAACAGGAGCCGGUUCGUCAAUUAACACCACUGAGCAGCAACCGUCAGUUAACAUUAAUAGCCCAUCAUUUGACACAAAAAGAAGCCGAACAUUUCAAAACGUUUAUGACAAUUGCAUUUAAUUAAUUGCAACUAAAUUGAGCGGUACUGUGCUCGGCGGCGCUGUGUGCUGCUGCUUACAUACCCGUGGUGGCAGCGCCCAUACAACGAGGCACCGCUGGCCACCCAUUCACCGCAAUGGGCAUUCAGGGGCUACAAGAUUACAUCGAGAAGCAUUGUCCAGGAGCCGUGGUACCCGUGGAACUUCAAAGGCUCGCAAGGGGCAUCUCUGGCGGGGUACCAGGACCACCUGCAGCGGGUGGUGGUGGUGGUGUCCACACCUCGGGGCAACACGGCCGCUCAAGAGGACCAUUAACCGGCCCAUCAGCAGCACUACCACCACCAUCGGGCCAGCAGCAACAUCACCAUCAACAGCAGCAGCAGCAUCAGCAGCCUUCCCCGGGCCCUCUGCGUCUCUUGGUGGAUGCCGAGAACUGCCUGGGCCGUCUCUACGGAGGCUUUUUCACCGACUGGGUGAGCGGGGGCCAGUGGAACCAGAUGCUGGGCUUCUUGGCGGCGCUCAGCAGGUCGUGCGCGCAGGCCAACAUCGAGCUGGUGGUGUUCUUCAGCGGGGCCUUGGAGAAGGGCCGCCUGCCCGAGUGGACCAAGCGGCAGGCCUGCGAGAGGCACACGGCCCAGCAGAUCGUGGCCCACGUGCAGAGCAAGGGCACUCCGCCGCCUAAAGUGUGGUUCAUCCCGCCAGUGGGCCUGGCACACUUCAUACGCCUGGCGCUGCUGCGGUUCCGCGUGAAGGUUUGCCAAAGCAUCAACGAUCACCACCUGGAAGUGAUUCGCUUCUGCAAGGAGUCGGGCUUCCACGGGCUGGUGGCGCAGGACUCGGACUACGCCGUCUUCUGCCCGCCGCACUACUUCAGCUCCAGCACACUCAAGCUGAGCCGCAACGGCAAGAGCCUCACGGCCAACGAGUACCUGGUGCCCGAGGCGGCGAGCGCCCUGCAGCUGCAGCCGCACAAGUUCCCCAUCUUCGCUGCGCUCCUUGGAAACCACCUCUUGCCUGACGAGGAUUUGGCUGCAUUUCAUUGGAACCUGCUUGGUCCAGAACACCCACUGGCAUCUCUGAAGGUGCGGGCGCACCAGCUGGUGCUGCCACCCUGCGACGUGGUCAUCAAGGCAGUGGCGGAAUACUUGAAAAACGUCAACGACAUCAACGACCUCGACUCCAUCGCCAAGGACGUGUUCAAGCACUCACAGUCCCAGAGGGGUGAAAAGAUCGAGCGAUUCAAGAAGGCAGUGCAGUAUUACACAGAGGGACACAAGACCUACCCAAGGCCAUCCGUGCAGUCGACCAACUUGCCCGGUGCUGCUCCAAUCCCAGUGCCACUAUUCCCCACGGCACCAGUUCACAACACCGCACCGUCCUACCAGCAAGGAGAUGGGCCGCCCCAGAAAAGCGAUGCUCAGAGUUCACCACAGACAGCCAAUCAGGACUCGGCUGCCAGCCAGGCGGGGAAGAGCCCGUCCAAUCAGGCGGAGGCUUGUUACCAGGCAGAUUUGAACGACAUUUCAGAAGACAACAACCUUGCACUGGACGCGACACUCAACAACAGCCUGGGAGCUGAAGAUCAUGGAUAUGGGAACAUCGCCUCUCCAGCAACAGGGAAGCACACUCCGCUGUACGAGCGAGCGUCGCCCAUCGCCCCCGCCGUUCCCAGCAGCCCCCGGCAGACGACGGGCCCCUCCCCCCCGCCGUCGUCGCCCUCCUCCACCUCGUCCGACAACGGGGACGCCCACGGGGACGCCGCCACCGCCAACCAUAUCAACGAGCUGCCGGGAAGUGGUGGCAGAGGGGCCUGGGCCGAAGGCGCUACCCAGGGAGGUGGACAGGCCUCGGGGGUGGCGGCGAAUGGGGGUGGACAGGCCGCAUGCCGGCUCGGCGUCACGGACGAGCCGUCGUGCCGCGGGGGAGUGCUGCCCGCCAUCCCGUCGCUCAUGUCAACUCCCACGCGCGCCCACAUGGACCUGACGACGCCACCGCGGCCGCAGGUGGCCGUGGAGGUGAUCCGCGUGGCCGAGUACCGGCACCGCAACGGCCUCAUGCACCCUGGCGUCUACCAAGUGCUCACCACGGGCGAGCUGAAGCUGCCGGUCACCCUGGAGGACGAGGCGAACCCGGAGCUGCCCCCGGCCACGCUGUUGUACCGGCCGGCGCGCCAGCACGUCUACGGCGUGCUCUUCAGCCUGGGCGAGCUGCGCAAGCGCGCGCUGCGUCGCGCGCCGCCCGGCAUGAUGGACACGAUGCCCGUGCUGGUGAAGGAGUGGUGCGCCUACAAGGGGAAAGCGCCGCAGACGCCCGAGCUGGUGGAGGCGCUGCCGUUCCGCGAGUGGACCUGCCCGACGCUGCGCAAGCUGUGGCUCGGCAAGGCGGUGGAGGACAAGAACCGGCGCAUGCGCGCCUUCCUGGCGUGCCUGCGCUCGGACACGCCGGGCAUGGUGAACCCGGCUGCGGUGCCCACCCAGCACCUCGUGCUGUGCUGCGUGCUCAGGUACAUGUUGCAGUGUCCCGGCGGGCGGAUCCUCAGACGUCACGAGCUGGACGCCUUCCUCGCCCAGGCCGUGUCUCCCGUGCUCUACAAGCCCGAGCAGCUGCAGGAAAUCAAGAUCGACGGGCUGGACGCCCGUGGCGUGCAGCUGGCGGCGCUGUUCAUGCGCGGCGUGGAGACGGCGCUGUUUGCGAACGACGCGUGUGGCCAGCCCGUGCCCUGGGAGCACUGCUGCCCCUGGCUCUACUUCGACGGGAAGCUCUUCCAGAGCAAGCUCCUGCGCGCCACUCGGGACCGCGCGCCGCUGCUGGAGAUCUGCGACGGACAGUCGGAGCAGGUGUCUCGCGUGGACCGCAUGAGGCAGAGCAUCUUGGAGGGGCUCACCCUGUCACGGCCACCCAUGCCCCCGCUGCCCCCGCCCAUGCCCCCUCCCCCUCCCCCGCCGUACCUGCCACCCUCUAUGAUGGGGCAGUACCCGCACCACCCUCCGCCCCAGGGCCUGUACCUGCGCGCCCAGGGGCCCCCGCUCAUGCCUCCGCCGUCGAUGCACCCACGCGCCCGCAACAUAGCGGGAGGGCAUGCCCUGCCCCAGCAGGGAGGGAAGCUGGAGAUCGCGGGCAUGGUCGUGGGACAGUGGGCGGGCGGGCGAAGAGGCCGUGCCCGCGGGAUUCUGCCCCCACAGAUCGUGUCUGUGGGCUGCGGCAUGCGCGGGCGCGGGGGUCGGGGUGGUGCCCCUUCUACCCGUGGGCCAAUCGGCGUGGGGAGGGGAGGGGGAGGAGGCAAGCCGCCCGCUCGGGAAGAACAGAACGGCAAUGCCACCGUCGCCACCGCUGCAGCUGCAGCAUCGGCAUCAUCAUCCGAUAAACAGGAGAGCCAGGCUGAGCCCCCGCCCAGGCCCGACCAAUCAGGCGAUGGCGCGGGCGGAGACUCGGCGGCGACAAAGCCAAUCGGAUGCGAGGACGGCGCAGCGAUCGCGAGCGACGGCGACCAAUCAGAAAGUGCCUUGACGAGUGACUCUGCUGCGUGCAAUACAGGCGCGUUCCUUAAUGCACAUGGCACGCGCGCAGCUUUUACAGGCGACAGCACCUCAGCCACCAUAGCACUUAGCAAAGAGGAGUGAGCUGGGAAAGUGGUGGUGGUGGGGGGGGGGGUCUGUGUAAGGAAUAAAAAAAAAAGUUGUAAAAAUUCUAGAAAAAACGAAAAAUAUUAAACAAAAAAAAGAAAGAAACCUUUUUUAAAUAUUUUUUUUUCGUUUUUUGUCGAGAAAGGUUUGAGAGGAGUUGAGUGACGAUGGGGAUUUUGGUUAGGGUCGACUUACCUUGAAUGCAGGAAGACAACGAAAAGCACUUAUUAAUGCGAACGAUUGGGUUGACAUCGGCGAGUGAGGAUGAUACAUUUUUGAUACUUAAGUGAAAAAAACCACAUACGCACUUGCACGCAUGCACUCACCCACUUGAUUAUUUUGGCUUUUGUUGUUGUUGUUUGGACAACGUGCAUUUUUCAUACGAGGGAGUUUUAAGAGCAGCAGUGGUUUUUGGCUGCCUGGCCACUUUAAGUGAUUAUUAUGGCAAAAACAACAUUGCGACCCUUGCAGAAAGGGCCCUCCCUGUAGGAGGAGCACCAUCGUAGCAGUGAGAUCCAACAUUUUGGCACUUAAUCCUCUUGUUGGGAUUUUGAAAGAAUUACGCACCUUUUGCUUUGCCCUGCCCCAAAAAAACAUGUUCACUUGAAAGCAAGCAUACUGUACUCAGUAUCGCUGUCUCGAUUGUAAUUUUUUUUGGCGGGGGGGUGGGAGGGGGAUUAAAUGUGAUUGCUGAAAAGUUAUAUUUAAAAAGUAUAAUUAAGCCCAGCAGCAUAACGUUGAAUUGUACUUGACACUAUAACGCGGGCAUGUGGAGUCAACCGAGCUGUACGGCUAGCGAUCAUGCGGCAAUACUGGAUUUCAACAAAAACCAUGUCGGCCGGCAAAAAAAAACCAGCCGCAGCAGAUUUUUUUUGUUGUUGCCGGAGGUUACGAUACGUUCACACGGGAAAAAAGAAAUAAUGAAGAGAAAAAAAACAUGCGCAGGACCACGUCCGUGCAGGAGUUUUAUACCUUGCAGGGCGACGUUACGUAGAGCAGGGACAAAUGUGGUCCGCGAUGCCUCGCGCGAGUUUGAAGGACCCACACGGCGCAGAUAACGGCCAGGGAUGCGUGGGCCAAGAAGAAGUGACGUUUUCCCGUGCACGUGUGGACACAGCAGAAAUGAUCCUUUAUAUAACGAGAAAACGUUCUGCGGCAGGGGUGGGGGGUGAGGGCGCUGGGUGGGGUUUUGUGCGGGGGUCGGGAGGGGGGCGGCAUACAUUUCCACACCGAUCAGAUUUUAAACUUUUUUCGGUUGGUAAAAAAAAAGACCCCCCAAGAAAAGCAUCUUUGAUUUGUGUUUUUAAAAUAAACGAACCCCUGACCGUGCUCUACCAUUUUAGCUCUCCGUAGUGAUGGCAGUUUUGUGUGAUUUACCGUAAACUGCCGCGACAUCCGACGCUUAGGGUGGAAAACAAAGGUUACUUUUGUUUCGUUAAGACUUGUUCACGUGGUAUAUUGUUAAGCGUUAUGUACCCUGUUGUAUUCAUGGCUAUUCGUAUCUGGUAUUGUAUGCUAACGUAUUAGCUAUUACAAAAAAAAGAACUUAAUCGACAGUAAAAAAACACAAAAAAAGAUUAAAACACACACAAAAGAAGCUUCAGUCUCAUAUAAAAAAUUAUCCCUGUAUUACAGAAUGCAAAGCAACAAAAACCCGCCCCUUUAUAAUCAUCUUUACGAUUGUUGACAAGAAAACCAACCCCUUUUCACGUUUCUUCAAUAGUCACAACCCUUUUUAUGAUUGGUCGAAUUAGUCUUUUAGGCCUUUACGUUAACGCUUUUUUCCUUAGUGUUUGUUAAACAGUGAUGUGUUUCCGGAUGAAAAAAAAUAAGCAUAAUUAAAAAAAGCAGUGAAAAAAAUAUAAAAACAUUAAAAAAAACCGCAUUAAAAAAUUACUCAUUGCUCCGAAGAAAUCUUUAAAGACGACCGUACGUACGUACCACCAUGAUGGUUUUUCACUCGUUUAAUCCUCCUAUCUUUUUUGAAUCUCUCGUCAUGCCAGUUAUAGUUGAUAUUAAAAAAAAAACCGUCAAAACGUUUUAACUCCCCCCACCCUCUUCUCUUCUGUUGGUGAAUAGUCCAGUAAGUUGGCAAAUGGAAUGGGGGGGAGGGGGGCGGAAAGAUGGUCAGUGGCUACCCAAGGAAAAUGUGUUGAGUGGGGAUGAUGUGCGGGGCUUUUUAGCCUUCCUUCAUUUCUGUUCUUUGUGACUUGCGAAUGACAACUUACAGUGCUUAAUAAAAGUCUUUAUUCUUUUGCUAA